ACGCCAUCAUGCACAACGACGACAGACUCCUUGGCGUCCUGCAACCAUCGCAAAAUUCACCGGCUAAAAGUCAGAAAUACUGGCUUAACGAUGGGACAUUGAUUGUGCAGGUCGAUGAGAAUGCCUACAAAGUACACGGUGGACUGCUCGAUCGACUCUCUCCUCGAUUCUCUGCAUUGUCUCGAACACACAAGAACAACCAUGAGACACCCUACGUAGUCAUCCCGAACGACGUGGGUGUCACCGGUAAUGAUUUUGAAGCACUUCUAGAGCACCUUUAUCACGACAUACCCCUGGCUUCGGACCCCUCAUUCACACGAGUUGCCUCAGUCCUUCGAGCCUCGUCUGAACUUGACUUCUCAUCAAUCAGUGCCCUGGCACGUCGAAAGCUCCUCGAUAUAUUUCCCAAGAGAUUAGAGGAUCUGGUGCAGUAUCCUGACGCACCUGACGAUGCCCUCAGUCUGGCUGUACAAUACGAUGUCUUCCCAAUACAAAAGGCGCUAUACUACAGGGUUGCAACACAUCUUCACCUCGAUGAUGAUGAUCCCGACAGUAAUCAGACAGCAACGUCGGCAAACGAUGCAUCAACAGUGUCGACUACUCCACCGUCAGACACCAUCGCUCGUCUUUCGCCAGAGCUGAUACGGAAAUCCAAGAACCUCCUGGAUGAUCUCUUAGCACAUUUCACGCCCGUACUAUUCACUGUUGCAACAGCACAUCACAUGGCAUGUACAGAUGUGUUUGCGGAAACAUGGAUGCCAUUGGUUAUCCAACCCGCAUUGGAAAACAAUGGGUUGUGUAAACCGAUCGAGACAUUACAGACUAUUAUCGAUCUAGAUUGGAAAGCACAUGGCCUUUGUGAAGAUUGUGUAAGGGACAAGAGAGAAGAAUGGAGGGGCGAGCAGGAGGAUAUUUGGAAGAAGAUGAAUACAUGGCUUGGUUUGCAGAACGAAGCAGAAUAGACGUCGAGAUCAAACAUAAUAUCCAAUGUAUAACAGUCUAAAUGCAAUAGAGUACCGGACACUCACGUCGACAUCCGCAUCGUUGAAUAAGCCCGCGUUGGAACGAUACAAGGAGAUGAAUGCCUUCAUAAUGAAGCGGGUGCGAUGCCUAUCUCAUGCACGUUGUGCACAGUCAGUCCGAAGUCAAGUCAUCAAAAAGGGUUGAACCGACAUUCGCACAAAGACAUCAAGUAACAACGGCUUGAGACAAUGAUACCGCGACAUUGACAGAUCCAACUCAUUCGGCACUAUACUUAGAUGAGUAGGUAAACCACCGCGCGAGUCACCAACCUUGUUGUCUAUUCUGUAUAAGCUUGUAGUAAAGUAAAGAGGCACUGACCGUAUACAACUAUACACGUAGC